AUGAUGUUCUCUUCCGACCCGAGUUUGGGAUUAAUGAACGCUAAGUUCGGCUCCCCAGUAUCUCAGCCGUCGCCUACUAACACUUGCUCUUCUACGACUCAGGUGAAUGACGGGCCGAGUUCGGGCCAUGCAGCAGCACCAAUUCAUGACAAGCCCCCACAAAACUUUAACCGCAGAAAUCUCUACCCGAUGGAUUAUGAAGAGGCGGCUUUCAAUCUUCAACAAAUCAAGUCUGUCGCCAACCGAACAAACGCACUCACCACUGCCUCAUCCCCAUCGCCGGCGCGGGCGCCGCCAUCUAACUAG